AGACUGAGAGAAUGGAACUUGUUAGUGGGGAUAGAUGUCGAUUGGACAAAAUUUGAAACAAGUGAUGAUAAGAAUAUGUGUUGGGGAAAAGAUAGAGAAGUUUUUGCUGGACGAAUAGCCUCAUUUAUUGCCCGUUUGCAGCCCAUACAAGGGGACAGAAGCUUUAGGAAAUGGAAAGGUUCAGUUUUGGAUUCAGUGAUCGGAGUUAUCUUAACACAGAACUUAACAGAUGCAGCUUCAAGUAAUGCUUUUAUGUCGCUAGCUGCAAAGUUCCCUCCAAAACCAAUAGCAACCGAGAAUGAUCCAUGUUAUAGUCAAGAGUUAGUGAGGAAUACAUGAUUGGAUAUGAUGCAGAAGGUCUUCAAUACUUUGUAACUGAACCUGGACAUGAAAGAGACAAAGAAUUUGAGGAAGCAACAGAUGAUUUGAUUGAUGAAUUGGAAGAAACAAGAAUGAACAACGAUUGCAAAGAUUGUUUUCAUGUGGUCAGGACAAGUACGAAUUCUACUGAAAGCCUCAAUGGUGCUUGUGUAUUCAUGGUGCAAAGUCAAUAUACUAAAAUUCCAAAAGGAGCUCGUUUGAAAAUAUCAAGAUUAAAGGAGCAUAAUUACUUAAACUUGGGUUUUGGUAAGAGAAAAUCUACUUCAAAGGAGGAAAUUGAUUCGAAGGAAGAAGAGAUUGAUUGGGAGAGUGUAUGGGUACAAUAUUCCACCGGUGAAGAAGUAAUGAUCAAAUGGAUGCAGUGAACUGGGAGGCAGUCAAGCUUUCAGAUGUUAA